CGACUCUAGACCGCGUUGAAUUACACUAAUACCGAGAUGGUUACUGUAACAAAAUCACCGUUAACACAACUGGAUAGCACGGGUGCGGACACGGCCAACACCUCGCGCAUCCCAUCUCGUGCCAUUCUGACCAAAGAAGAUUUGGAAAAGUUCCAAACAAGUGACACGUACACGGGUAUCGUCCAAUUUAUCGAGAAACUAAGUGCAGCUGUUCGCGGGAAGCGGUUAAGGGAGGAAACGGAAAAGUCUCAGAUUGUCACAUCCCUUCUUUCAAUACUCGACCGUUUGGAUGACUGGACAAGGGAGAUUUUGCCUGUUGACAACUCGAAAUCUAGGUUUGGAAAUCCUGCAUUUCGGACGUGGUACGAUCGGUUGGCAGAGAAUGCGCAAUCAUUGGUGGAAGAAAUCGUCCCAGGAAUUGAAGCAGCUGAACUUGCGACUUAUUUGAUGCAUAGUUUUGGGAACCGGAAGCGAAUUGAUUAUGGGACGGGACAUGAGGCCCAUUUUAUCGCCUUUUUGUUAUGCUUGGAACGACUUGGUCUAAUAGUGGAAUCUGAUUAUGUUCCCCUCGUGAUCAAUGUAUUUUGGCGGUAUAUUGACGUAAUGCGUGGUCUACAGUUUUCUUACUGGCUUGAGCCUGCUGGAUCGCAUGGAGUUUGGGGAUUGGAUGAUUACCAUUUCUUGCCAUUUUUAUUUGGAGCGUCUCAAUUGGCUGAUCACAAGUAUAUCAGGCCGAAGGCCAUCCAUGAUAAGGAUGUUGUGGAAGAGUUUUCAAAAGACUACAUGUACCUCGCCUGCAUUAAGUUCAUCAAUUCGGUAAAGACUGCCUCUCUACGUUGGCAUUCACCGAUGCUGGACGACAUCAGCGGCGUGAAAACUUGGGCCAAAAUCGCUGAAGGAAUGAUGAAAAUGUACAAAGCUGAAGUGCUGGGGAAAUUACCCAUCAUGCAGCACUUUCUUUUUGGGUCGAUUCUUCCUUUUGAAGGUGUAUCCGGGCAUAUCCACCUUGCGGAGGAAGAUGAGGAGGAAGAUCCUUGUGGGCAAGGGCAUAUCCAUGCGUUUGGCCAAGAGUUUCCGGAAUGUUGCGGGAUACGGGUACCCAGCGCGAUCGCUGCCGCUGCUGGUGGAGAGGCAGUCAAAGCACGCGUGGCACGACCGUUACCGUUUGAUUGACCACUGGUGCGUUGAUCAAAUAUAUAUAAAAUAUUUACAUACUACUAGACUAGUUUUAUCUAAAAUUACAAAUGUGCGCUGGCACUUGCACUCCGCCGCCUUCCAAACACUGUG